AUGGCUGCUGCUAUUCCCAGACAUUUACUUGAAACCUUAACAAAUUGUCCAGCAUGUGCCCAACGAUACAUUGAUCCUCGUGUGCUUCCAUCAUGUGGUCAUACCGUUUGUCAACCAUGUUUAGAACAAGAAUGGCAACAACAUCAUGAUUCAUCACUGAACGGUGGUAAUACAAAUGAACACAUUAACGGUGGUAGUAUAGUUACCCAUCAAUGUCCCGUACCAACUUGUCAAAAACCUAUAAUUAGUGUAAAAAACAUUGAUGAUUUACCCAUUAAUCAAACUGUUUUACAUUUGGUGCAAUCUUCAAAUUUCUAUGUCGAAGCUAAUGGCCAAUGUGAAGUUUGUCAUCAGUCGCCAAGUUUUGUCAAAUGUUCACAUUGUUCAUCAUUGGUCUGUUUUGAUUGUGGUCAUCGACAUCGUCGCGAUGCUACAAUGUCAUUAGAAAAAGAACUUGAACAAUUAGAACAAACUCAUUAUGAAAUGAGUGAAAUGGUAUUUGGUACACGUGAUUCAUUUGCACGUCGUCGUGAUGAAUUAAUUGAUGAUAUUCGUAAAUAUUAUGCAAAUCUUAUCAACGAAAUGAAAUGUGCUCAAUUGGAAACGGAACAAAAUUUUACGAAACAAUAUAUGUCAAAUAUGACAACAAUUGAACAAUUAGUUGACCAUCAUAAACAAGAGAUAGAUCAUAUUCAAAAACAUAUUCACGAAUUACGUGCAUUUAUUAGCGACUGGUCAACCAUUGAACAAUUUAAACAAGUUCGAUCAAAAUUAAAACAAAUCAAGGAUGAAAUGAAUGAAGCUAAUCGACUGUUUAACAAAGAAAUGCCCGAUUUAACAUUAGAUUUGAAUUACAUGCAUAAAUUAAAAACAUAUAAUAGUGAACAAAAAAUUCAAUCACCAUCUCAAACACAAGAAGUAACAGAUAAACAUUUCAAUUCUUCAAAUAUAGAUGAUGUAAGUAAUAUUGUUACUGCUAGUAGUGGUAGUAGUACUAUAAAUGAAACAAAACCGGUUUCAACACCCACUAUCACUCGUAGUAAACCUCACAAUGGUCAUUAUACUUCAUUAAAUUCAAUUGCCAAUAUACCCACUACCACUUCAAAUGGUCUAUCAAUUGUUACUAAUACUACUGGAUCUCAAGCCCAUUUUCAUAAUACUCAUCAUAUACCGAAUAAUUUGACAACGACAACAAGUAAUUUACCAAAAACAAUUUCAAAUUCUGUUGCCGAUCUUACAUUAUCCUCAUCUUCCUCUAACAAUUCAUCAUUAUUAAAUCAUAAAUCAUCAAUAAAUUCUAAAACUAAUAAUUUUUUAUCAAAACUCGAUAAUUGUAGUACAGAAGCUUAUAAAAAAAUUCCCUUAUCACAAAGUUUUGAAUGGGGUAUAUUAGCAGUCACUAAUACCGAUCUAAUUUUGCUUUAUAAUAAAGAUAAAAGUUCAUUGGUUAUUUUCGAUUCAAAUGGUCAUGAAAAUGAAAGAAUCCAAUGGUCUGAAGGUGAUAUCAAAGAUUUAUGUAUAUAUCAUGAUGAUAGUAUUGUGGUUAUUGGUGAACAUAAAAUACCAUCGAAACCUGUUGAAUGUAAACUAUAUUUAUGUAAUUUAAAUCGAAAACAAUUGGAACGUGAUAGAAUAGUUGAACGUGGUUUAAAUUGUCAACGUUGUGCAUCCGAUGAACAAAUGAUUUAUUAUGGUAGUGAAAAAGGUUGUAAUAAAUCGAAAAUAAGCGUUUUUGAUAAUGAUUUACAACUGACAGUUACAUUUGAAGCUGGUGUUGAAAUACGUUCAAUAGCUGUUGAUAAAUUAUUUUGUUUUAUAUUGGGUAAACGACGAGAGAGAGAACCAGGACGAUAUAUGGUAGAGAAACGACAAAAAACAGGUCAAUUAAUUCGGCGUGUUGAUUUGUAUGAAUUGAAUGCUGAUAAUAUGAAUCGAUUGAUUGUUGAUGGUUAUGGUGGUAUUAUUGUAACAGAUGGUGGAAAUAAAAAAGUUUGGGCUGUUGGAGCAAGUGGUGAAAAAAAAUGUGUUCAAUAUAGACCAUGGCCAUGGAGUAUAGGAUUUUUAACAAAUGAAACAUUGUUAAUUUUACAUGCCGGAUGUUUGACAUUUCAUGUGAAUAAUAAACCAAAUGUCAAUAGUAUCACACCAAUUCAAUCACCUUCCAUGUCAACAAGACAAAUAUCCGUAUCGAACGAUAAAUUAUGA